UAUGAUUGGCUGAGACUGAGGGCAGGCAGAGAGCCUUGCAGAGCACCAACUGGUCGGAGUUGCCAUCAAUCAUCAGGAACAAACUCCUCCGGGUCUCCAUUUGGCCAGCAGCGGAAAAAAAUUUUUCGAGCAUUUCCAGAGAGGAGAUUGUGGCUUCCCUAAUUGCUUGCUCUGGAGAUCGGAAUCAACAAGAGAAGUCAGUCUUAUAUAUCAUCCAAGAAAUCCUUCCCUUUCCUCCCAUUAGCCAAGUAAGAAAUUUACAGACACAUAGCCAUCACGAGUGUUUCCAACUUAUAUCACCCGUCUAUUCAUGGAUGUGUGGCCUUCCUGAACAUAGACAACCAACCAGUUUCUACACCUCUAAAGACAAACUGGCUCUCCCUCUCCAAGCACCCAUCAGCUGUCCAUAGCACCUCAGGGGCACAUCAAUUUUCUUCAAGAAAUUUGGCUGUUGCCCUAUUUGUCUUUCCCUGUGACUGAGGCCUUUGGCAUUGCAUUAUGUUAUCAGCGGCCUUAGUUACCUUGGUGAGAAGUGGAGGGAGCCAGGUGAAGAAGAGAGUGCUGCUAAGCUCUGUUCUCCUGCAGGACAACAGGCAGGUGACUCCUGCCUGCUACAGCUCCACUUCGGAACCCAGGUGUUCUCGGUUUGACCCAGACGGCAGUGGGCAGCCAGCCACUUGGGACAAUUUUGGGAUCUGGGACAACCGCAUUGACGAGCCAAUUUUGCUGCCGCCUAGCAUCAAGUAUGGCAAGCCAAUUCCCAAAAUUAGCCUGGAGAAUGUGGGCUGUGCCUCCCUCAUUGGCAAACGGAAAGAAAAUGAAGAUCGAUUUGGGUUCGCACAGCUGACUGAAGAGGUGCUGUACUUUGCAGUGUAUGAUGGGCACGGGGGACCUGCAGCUGCUGACUUCUGUCACACGCACAUGGAAAAAUGUGUAAUGGAUUUGCUUCCUCGGGAGAAAGACUUGGAAACUGUACUGACCUUGGCCUUUCUAGAAAUAGAUAAAGCCUUUUCAAGUUAUGCCCACCUGUCUGCUGAUGCAAGCCUCCUGACCUCUGGGACUACUGCAACAGUCGCCUUGUUGAGAGAUGGUAUUGAACUGGUUGUAGCCAGUGUUGGAGACAGCCGGGCUCUUUUGUGUAGAAAAGGAAAACCCAUGAAGCUGACCACUGACCAUACCCCAGAAAGAAAGGAUGAGAAAGAAAGGAUCAAGAAAUGUGGUGGGUUUGUAUCUUGGAAUAGUUUGGGACAGCCCCAUGUAAAUGGCAGACUUGCAAUGACAAGGAGUAUUGGAGAUUUGGAUCUUAAAGCCAGUGGUGUAAUAGCAGAACCCGAGACAACAAGGAUUAAGCUCUACCAUGGGGAUGACAGUUUCCUGGUCCUCACCACAGAUGGGAUUAACUUCAUGGUGAAUAGUCAGGAGAUCUGUGACUUUGUCAACCAGUGCCACGACCCGAAUGAAGCAGCCCAUGCUGUGACUGAGCAGGCAAUACAGUAUGGUACCGAAGACAACAGUACUGCAGUGGUGGUGCCCUUUGGUGCCUGGGGAAAGUACAAGAACUCGGAAAUAAACUUCUCAUUCAGCAGAAGCUUUGCCUCCAGCGGACGAUGGGCCUGAUUGCCAGCCUGGACUCAGUGUUCCUAUGCAGCCAUGUGUCAGUGGGCAUAUCAAGAAACUGGUAAUACCCACAAGGACGCCUGUUCUGGUAUGUCCUUGUGACCUGAUAGAUCCCAAUACAGUGUAAGCUUACCAGCCAUGUACAGGGUAGUAUUUUCAUAAAUCCGCAUCAUCAUUAUGUUCAACUGUACAUGCUCUGUGUAAGCAUCAUGACAAAGCUGUGAAGAAUUUGUGAGACUCGGAGCUGAGAGGAAGAGGAAGUGGUUUUGGUAUACUUGAUGAAUGAUAAAUCUGUGCAUUUUGUUUUGUGAUGCUAGAGAUUGGAUCUGGGGCUUUCUAAUUCUUACGAUUACCAGGCAGAUCUAGUUUCUGUUUAAUGAUUUUUGUUCUUAAUUCAGUUAGACAGGCUUUUCUGAAUGUUGAUAGCUAGUCAAUGUGCUGUUUGCAACUGUUUCUUUUUUUCUUUCUUUGUUUAAAACAGUUCUCACUGGCUGGCCUUGAACUCCUGGGUUCAAACAGUCCCCCUACUUCUGUUCCCUGGGUACCUGGGACUGCAGGAUGCUCCAACUGACAAAUGUUUUUGUUUUCAUUUUUAAUUUUUUAGAGCUGAACAAGCAUAGAUUUAUUAAAGAAAAGUUGUCCCAGGAGAUGCAGGAAUUCCAAGGGAGGAAUACCCACAGUGUUAAUUUUUAAUAAAUGCACCAAGGAGUGAAAAUGAAAAUUAGUAACCGGAACCUUCCCUGUUGCUGUAUCCUAUACUCCGGACCACUUAGUAAAUUUAACUCUGCAAAAAACAAAACAAAACAAAAAAA